AUGAUUCCAGUGCGGCUGAUCUCAGCUUUGAUGGUGGCGUGUGGUUGCAGCGUGCUCGCGGACGCAAUGCAAGCAAACUUCACUCUGGAUAAUGACAUUCAGUCCAGCUUCAUCCAGCGGCGGCUGAAGAGUCAGGAGCGCAGGGAGAUGCAGCGGGAGAUCCUCUCCAUCCUCGGGCUGCCGCACCGGCCCCGUCCGCUCCUGCACGAGAGACACACCGCAGCUCCCAUGUACAUGUUUGAUCUGUAUAACGCCAUCCUGGAGGACGGAGAUCAGCGCAGAGGGGUCGUGCACUCUUAUAAACCGGUGUACACGACCCCGGGACCCCCGAUGGUGACCCAACAGGACAGUAGCUUUCUCAGUGAUGUCGACAUGGUGAUGAGCUUUGUCAAUCUGGGCAUUUGGCUGGGAUGGGGUGAGUGCCACAGGGAGCUGUACCUGCUAGACUCGCAAGUGGUAUGGGCGGCAGAAGAGGGAUGGCUGGUAUUUGACCUCACGGUCACCAGUAACCACUGGGUUAUAAACCCAGGUCAGAACUUGGGACUGCAGCUCUCUCUGGAAACGGCACACGGUGAAAGAAUGAACCCAAGGAGAGCAGGUCUGGUGGGCAGCCGUGGACCUCAGAAUAAGCAGCCAUUUAUGGUGGCAUUUUUGAAAGCGUCAGGAAUCCAUCUCCGCAGUGUUCGCUCAGCAUCAGGAAACAAACAGAGGGGUCACCACCGCUCUAAAAACCCCAAACCGGGUGUUGCACCCAGCCAGGUGGCUUUGAAGACAGCUGAGUCUGCAGAGGGUGCCAGCGUAGACCCCAAACAGGGCUGCAAGAAGCAUGAACUGUAUGUCAGCUUCAGAGAUCUGGGAUGGCAGGACUGGAUCAUUGCUCCAGAGGGUUACGCUGCAUACUACUGUGAGGGAGAAUGUGUGUUCCCCUUGAACUCUUUUAUGAAUGCCACAAACCAUGCUAUUGUACAGACACUGGUCCAUUUCAUAAACCCAGAAACAGUCCCGAAGCCCUGCUGUGCUCCAACGCAGUUACACGGAAUCUCCGUUUUGUACUUCGAUGACAGUUCCAACGUAAUAUUGAAAAAGUACCGCAACAUGGUCGUCAGAGCCUGCGGAUGCCACUAA